GCGUCAUCCCAUUUGAUUUCUUGUGUGUCGCCGAUCUCGAGCUUUUAGAGGCAGCGGCUGUCGAAUGGCGAAGCUGGGUAAUGACGGGCGUGGAGAAGUUCGUCUCCUGCCCGCGGAGAGGGUGGAAAUGGAACUGUGAGGAAUGAGGGGGAGUUGGAAACCGUUUCAACCAGGGUUAGGGUUUCGAGGUUCGAAAACCGUGGUGGGAGGGAGGGGGGGAAGGAGAGAUGAGUGGCUUCGGGGUGUGGUACAUCUCGAUGAUGGAGAGUCGGAAGGUGAUCUUGGUGGUUGAAGAGGAUGAUGCUCAGCACUCUGAUUUUCGUGUUGUUUUUUUAGGACUAUUCAUGAUUUUUCCGGCUCCGGGAAGUGGAUUGCUGUCAUUUAGAGCCCGUCGUUGAACAACGUAGUCGAAUGAGCUUUUCUCAUACUGUGGUUCAACAGGCUGACUCAGAUGCGCUAGAUGAAGCUGGCAAAGGAGGAGUUUGACUACAACACAGGAUUGAGUGGGUUUCGUCUGGAGAGAGGUGCAUGCAUGAUUGUAUUAUUGUAGAAAUGUGUAAUGUAAAGGAGUGACUUGUGUGCCUGACCUGCGCUGCCAAACAGACAAACUGUGGGUUUUAGGGUAAGUUGCACUGGUACGAAAUUGUGGUAAUCCGUCGUAGAAUGCAUUAAAGGCCUCUGAAUCUGUUCCAGGUAAUUAGACGAAUGUCACUAUUCUCGAAAAUUCGAGUGAUCACUUUUUGUUGAAGUGGGAUAGUAAAUGUUUUAUUUUUGUUUUUAGGAUUAGUAGCGAUCCAAUGCAUGUAGUGAAUACGCCAGCAUAGUGAGACUUAUCCAGAUUGUGGCGAGCGCAUUCCGCAGUGAUUAUUAUGCCAUUCGGUCUUCAUAAUGAAGCCGAGUUACUGCAUUCAUGAAGCUGUUUAGUCUAUGAUCUAUCAUAAUGCACACACUGUUUCGUUAACAGUGGUUCUGGUUCAUGAAUCUUUAUAACGUUUCUGCAAUUGGUGACUUGAUACACAUGUCAAAAUUAAAAACCAUAGUUCAGCCUUCUCAACCUCAAGUAUGAAUCCAAACUUGAAGUUAAAGCUCAGACAUUAGUUGUUGAAUGUUUGCCUUUCUAUAUUAUCCGUCAUUCAGAAUAUCUUUACCAUUGUAGUUGAUGGAAUUGUGAAUCUGCUGCAGGUCAGUACUGUUGUUGCUCAACAUAAUCAGAGGCCAUGGUUUGCGGUAGUGGUUUGUGUUUAUUACACGCACGCUGUUCUGUUUUCUUAGAUGAGUUGCUAGAUAUGGUCUAGUCAGUGACUUCUGGUGUGACAAACUUGUUGAACUUCGUUGUAGGGUGCACACGCUUGGCUCGAAGAUGCUCUGGAAUAGUAUAAUUAGGUGAUGGUUGUUGUGAAGAACUUCAAUUGCACUUGAGAAAGGCUGUGUGGAGUGAUUGGUUACUGCCACUACCCAGUGCACUAUCAUUCGGAGAUGCUCGGGGAUUGAAGUGGGCAGAUAACGGAGUCCACUGGCCGUCUUUUGAGCAGUUGAAGCAAACAUUCAACUUGUGCACAGCAGAUAGUAGAUAACUUGAAACAUCAUGACUGUGUGCCUUGCAUCAGCGGGAUCCAUUCAGUAGCACUAGACUUGGCUGUUCAAGUGACAGUAUUUCAGAAAUGGGAAACUCGGAGUUCGCACAACUUUCACAACAAACCUAAGCUGUUCACAUUUCAUUAUUACGAAUCAAGGUUCAAGGAUUCUCAGAAAGCUAGCAUUAGAACACCACAAAGUGUUAAAUCACUAACCAACUCUGCAUCACUCCAUGUCGAAUCGUAAGUUUUUUGACACCAAGGUGAACAGCAUCGGAUUAGAGACCACGGUAGAGAUCUACGAAAGGGCAAACACGAGAACCCAGCGACUCGAUUGGUAUCUGGAUCUUCAGAGUUUCUAUCUCUGGCGCAUCGCCUCGGAAAAGAGUCCAAUGGCCGUCCAUUGAUACCCGAGAGAUACACGCGUGAUUCGAGCAUCGUCGUGUGGAAGCUGCCGACCCGGCGUUUUGGGGGGCGGGGUCGUCGUCGUCUUGGAGGUCGCUCUCUGUCGACGAUGGGUCUCGACUACUACUCUAGCAGCAGCUGCGUCACGCCGGAGCUCGCUUGCUGGGAAUAGGUGGAACGUAGCGCAGCUCGUUUGUUCAAAUAGGUGGAGUUCAGGUCUUCAGUUGUAGUGGUAGGCGUGAAGUUCUGCAGGAUUGUUUCGACGGGAGUAUGCUAUAGUGAGGUUGGCAGCUAUUCGGUACCAACUGAAGUGAUGGUGCUGCUGUUGCUUUUAAGCUUCAAUUGACUUUUUAUUUCACAACCAUGUUGUAAAGAUAAAGGGGCAUCAAAGGCGAAGCUUUGCAAAGUUAAGAGAUUGAAGAUGCGUGUGAAGCAGAUGUUGCGAAAGUGCCUCCUGCUGGUGGUUCUUGCGUCUUCUCUUGUGCUUGUCUGCGAGGGUAGCGAUGGCGACCAGCGCCCUCGUUACAGGGAAUGCGUGAAAGGAUGUGAGCAGACUGGGUGUGUAGAUGGCCAGUGCUACAACAGCUGCAACUUCCAAGUGAAUGUUGACUUGGAGGGCAAUAUUCUUCCCAAAAAAGCGCAGAUCAAUUCUCCUCAUGAGAAGUUCCUUAAGGAGCCGCUGUACUUGCGAUGGAAGAAGUGGGACUGCAUCAGUGAGUGCCGCUACCAAUGCAUGCUUCGUGAAGAAGCAGACUCAGAGGUUCCGGUUAAAUACCAUGGCAAAUGGCCGUUCGUUCGCAUUUUCAGCCUCCAGGAACCCGCCUCAGUAGCGUUCUCUGUGUUGAAUCUGCUGGUGCACUUCCAAGGGUUUUCUUCGUUUCUGGUUCUCCUGUACUAUAAGCUCCCAUCCCGUGCGAAGGGUCCCUUUUACGAAUAUGUGGGGCUUUGGACCAUUUAUGGUCUCCUAUCCAUGAAUAGCUGGAUUUGGAGCACCGUUUUUCAUUCGAGAGAUAUGACAUUCACUGAAAUGCUGGAUUAUUCAUCAGCUAUUGCUUUGAUUGGUUACUCUUUGAUGCUUGCCAUCAUUCGAACUGGGAACCUUCGAUCUGAAGCGGCUCGUGUAAUGGUGGCAGCUCCUAUAAUUGCCUUCAUCACCACUCACAUUUUGUACCUCAAUCUUUAUAAGUUCGAUUAUGGAUUAAACAUGAUCGUCUGCGUGGUGAUAGGCGUAGCCCAGCUGUUGAUUUGGUCAACGUGGGGGUUUAUCACGAGACAUCCAGCUCGUUUCAAACUCUGUACUGUAGUCUUCGGAGCUGCUUUUGCCAUGCUCUUGGAAGUCUUCGAUUUUCCACCCCUGUGGGGUAUUUUUGACGCCCACGCCAUAUGGCAUGGUGCUACUCUUCCCAUCACCUACCUGUGGUGGAGUUUCAUCAAGGACGAUGCAAUAUACAGAACCGAAAUGCUGGUUAAGAAGAACCUAACAUCCUCAGGCUCUUUUUCAGAAGCUGAAACAAGGAAAACACAAUAAUGUUUUUUUUGUGGAAACCGCAGUAACUUCUUAAUAGUUGGACCGCCACUUUUCUGAUUGGCAGUUUGAAAGAGUUACGAAAUAAUUAUCAUCUGGAUAGACUUGCAUUAGAGAUGGGGCAUGAAUGACGUGACUGUAGUAGUGCUACGGAAGAAAGCCAUUUCGUCGUCCAGCACUGUGUAGAUUGCCUUAUUGCACAAUAUAUUAUCAUCCACUGUUACCUUAAUAGCAGAUGCCAGGCGAGACUUUUGCUUGUGUUAAAUAGUCAUUUAGCGUUUUCUUUUGUUUCAUUCGUAUUUAUUCAUUUUUUUCCUA